AUGACAAGUUAUCCGAAAACUGAAGCAGGCAGCAGCACUAAAAAAGCUGUGGAAGAAGAGAAAGUAAAAAACUUGGAAAAUGGAAGAAUUGAAACGCAUUUGAAAGUUUCCGGCGAUGGAUCAUGGAAAAAACGUGGUUACACUUCGCUGUUCGGUGUAACGACUCUCAUUGGGUACUACACAGGCAAGGUCGUUGAUCCUAUUGUCAAAAGUGCAUACUGUCAGGCAUGUGAACAAAAGAAAAAAAUACUUGACGACGACGCAUUUGAGGAGUGGUACGAAGAACAUAAAGAUUCUUGCUCCUCGAAUCACGAAGGCUCCGCAGGGAAAAUGGAGGUGGAUUCCAUUGUGGAAAUGUUUUUGAGUUCCGUUGCCAAGUUUGGUGUAAAAUUUUUGAAUUACAUCGGUGAUGGCGAUUCAAAAACAUUUGCAGGAGCAAAAGAAAAUGCAGUCGAAUGCGUCUGUUCUUCGGAAAGCGAAGAAGAACGUGGUGGCAAAAAAGCACGUAUUAAAAUAUCUUCAGUAUGGAAAUAUUUUAAUAAGUCGGAUGACAAAAAACUGGCAAAAUGUGUUAAAUGUGCUCGUGAGUACAAGACUAGUGGCAACACUACAAAUUUAAGAGACGACUUAAAAAGGAUGCAUCCAAAUAUUGAAAAAGACGAAGAUGAGUUUUCAACAACUUCGUCAAGCUGUCGCACAAGUUCUGGGUCAGUGAGUUCUUUUUUUAAAAGGGCUAUAGAAUAUGAUAGCUCUUCUCAAAGAAAAGCUGACAUUGACGUUGCACUAGCAAGUUUGAUUGGUGAAGGAAUGCAACCAUUUAAUCUAGUUGAGGAUACUAGUUUCCGCAACUUCGUCAAAGUCUUGGAUCCCAGAUAUGUGUUGCCGUCCAAAAAUACAUUGAAAAAUGUUUUUGUGAAGAAUAUGUACGACGACAAAAAAAUCAAACUUCAAGAACAUUUGAAUGCAGUUGAGCAUGUGGCAAUCACUACGGAUCUUUGGACGUCUGCCGCAAAUGAAGCAUUUAUAACAUUGACAUGUCAUUUUAUCGAAGAAUGGUUUGUGUUGAAGAAUGCUGUACUGCAAACAAAAAAAUUAAAUGACGUUUUGAACCACAAUGCACAAAACAUUGCAAAUACAGUUUCUGAUGUGCUAAAAAAGUGGAACAUUUUUAAUAAGGUUAUCUGCAUCGUUACUGACAACGCGAAAUCAAUGUUAAACGCAUGUGAUAUAUUGAAAAUUGCACACUUACCUUGGGUUGCACAUACUUUAAAUCUCGCUGUGCACGACGCUUUGAUGCUGAAGGCGGAGGAUGGAUAUUUGAAGCCUAUUAUAACAAAAUGUAAAAAUAUUGUACACUUUUUCAAAUGCAGUUCUAUUGCGACUGAAAAAUUGAAAGAAGCGCAAAAUACACCAACACCAUUGAAAUUGAUUCAGGAUAUGCCCACAAAAUGGAACAGCACAUAUAAUAUGCUCGAGAGAUUGUUAACUUUACACGAUGCUGCCGCUAUUGUUCUUUUAGCUAUAGGUAAAGCUCCUCCACCUCUUUCUGCUGAUGAAAAAAAUUGUGUACGCGAAAUAGAAAAUCUGCUUCGUCCUUUCAAUGAAGCUACAAAAACUUCCUGUGGGAACAAUGUCAUCUUGUCUUUGAUAAUACCCAUUGUGUAUGGCCUGUAUCAAAGGAUGUAUGAAAUUAAAUGCCAAAUAGAAACAAUUGAAGCCAUAACUCUAUGCGAAAACUUAAUUGAAGGACUGAGAAAGCGAAUGUUUCAAUAUGAAACACGAACUGCUCCACGAUUGGGGUCACUUCUCGACCCUCGGUUCAAGCGUGAAGGAUUUAUUUCUAGCAGCAACGCAGAACAAGCAACCAUUCGCUUAGAUAAUGAAGUUAUGAGUCUUCUCGAAAAUGAACCGCCAUCUUCAACUAAUAAUGCACCACCAAAAAGUGUUUCUCUUUUCGCAUUUAUAGAGAAGAAAAAUGCGGAGAAAAUAAAGUCGAAGAAAGCGGGUGCCAUCAUUCUCAGGCGUCAAUAUUUAGAAAGAGAAAAUACGGCAGAAGAUUAA